AUGCUAUAUAUAUCUCGACUUUUGCUAUUGUGUUCUUCAGCACCCCCCCAUGAUCACAUCGACGUUGGGAAAUGGCUUCCUUCGGGCACAUCUUCCUUGACACUUCGACGACCAAAAGAGAAAACUAGUAUGCCUGGAGUGCCCAUCACUGUGCAUACCUUGGAAGUAAUCACAAAUCAGUUCGCUCCACUCAUGAAGAAGGUCCACAUGUACCUUUUUUGGGAAGGGGUGAGGACACAACUUGCGAGCGGUGCUGAGUUCAUGGUAGACCCGUCCUCUGCUGCUCCACAUAUAUAUGACACGGAAAGAUGCGGAAUUUCGGGCUCGAACCAUACAGAUAUGACGAAAUUUCACCAAUCCGACUCUGCUUACCGGACAGUUAUAUCCGCCCUCAUGAAGUACUGCUACUCAGCGCCAGCAAUUAUCGCAUACCGAUGGAGAGAAGCAAUGGAAACGAUGAUACGUCUGCGAAGAAACGAAGCUUGUGAACUAACGGGCCUAUUUCUUGAAAUCCCGGACAAGGUCGCGAUUACCACGGAAACCGAGACAGAUACUAUCGAUGCCCCUCUCCAGAACGAACAUUUCCAUCUUCCAUGCACAGUUUCUAUGGACUUUAUAGGCCAAGAAGACAUCAUGGAAACACUCACAAAUGCGUUUGAACCGGAAGGCCCCACGUCGUUGAACAAACAGCAAAAGCGAUUUGUUGUUUAUGGCAUUGGUGGCUCGGGGAAGACACAAAUAUCUGCAAAAUAUGCCCAGGACAACCGACAACACUAUUGGGCAAUUUUCACCAUCGAUGCAUCUUCCACCCAAACAGCCAAAGAAUCAUUCUGCAGAAUCGGACGGAUGGGGGGUCUCGAAGCUACCGAAGAUUCUGGCAAACACUUCCUCUCUCAAGCUCGAAGCAACUGGCUGCUAAUCAUCGAUAACGCCGACAAGCCUGAUAUAAAGUUCGAAAACCUCGUUGUGCCUGGGGAUAGAGGUCAUAUACUCGUGACUACAAGAAAUCCCAGUCUUCGAAGGCAAGGUAACGCCGGCAGUGUGGAAGUCAAAGGCCUUAAGCAAAGAGAAGCCCUGCAUCUCCUCAUGAAAGUGGCAGACAUUAUUCCCCCGUGGGAUUUAUCCUCAGAAACAGCAGCGAACGAGAUCAUCAAGACCUUGGGAUACCUAGCCCUCGCAGUCAUUCAGGCGGGUAACUCAAUUUACAACAAAAUGUGCAACUUAAAAGAGUACCUCCGGUUCUACCGACGGUUCUUGGAAAACCGCCAGAGAAGAAAAUCGGUUUCAGAGUCUGAAGAUCUUGAUUGGAGAAAAGCCGAGAAUGAUGAUAUCUACUCAGCAUUUGAUUUUUCGUUUCAGAACAUCGUGUCCAGUAAUACAACCCCCAGCCAAGAUGCAGUGGAGGUCCUCAACAUUGUGAGUUUCUACCACUUUGAUAAUAUACGAGUGGACAUCUUCGAAAGAGGCAUGGGCCUUGAGCGAAGCCAGUUACGGCAAUCUCGAACCAGAUCCCUUCGGGCAGGAUUUGUACAAGCUAUUGUCAGUCGCUUCAAACCACCUCGGGCCCUUCCCCGAAUACUCAGGCAAAGUGCGGAUGAUAUGCAUCCAUUGUGCAUCAGGGAGGCUCUUAGCGAGUUGUACGCAUCUUCAUUGAUAACAUAUGGAAAUGACGAACAGAGUUUCUCAUUACAUCCUCUGGUUCAUGCUUGGGCAAGAGACCGCAUACCUCCCAAGGAAAGGAGCCUCUGGGCAAUGAUUUCCUUUAAUACGCUCAUGGCCUCCAUACCGCUCCCUCCGAUGGAAACGGGGGAGUCGCACGUUAGUUUCCGGAGAAGUUUGAUUCCUCACCUUAAUGAAUGCCUGGAGGCAUGUCCUAUUGAGUUUAGAGAGUUCUCUGGCCUCGGCAUGGGAAAACAUCGCCGGUUUACCUUGGUCUUCCAGCCAAGCCUAGUGUUCACAAUUCGAGAAAUGAUUCAAAAUGCUGCGAAGUGCGGGGUUUUGCAUGCUGAAACAGGUGAUUUUUCAAAAUCCGCAUAUUACCUUUUCCUGGCAAAGGAGUCGUUGGUCAAGCUUUUGGGCCCGAAUGACGAAAAAACAAUAGCGACGAUGCUGGGUUUGGCCAGUAUACUUUGGGGUCUCGGGCGCCUAAAAGAAGCCAUAGCCUUGCAAGAACAGGUUGUCAAGUCGCGGAAAGAGGCCUUAGGACCGGACCACCGUGAAACCUUAUUGGCCAUGGACUCUCUUGGUCAAUCUUUCUGGCUCAAUGGACAAUAUCGCGAAGCUCUUGAGCUUCAGCAACAGACCGCACAGAAAAUGCAGACGCACCUUGGCGAAGGGGAUGACGACACGCUAAAAGCGCUUGACCACUUGGGUGUGACAUUAAACGCUUGGCACCGGUUCAUUGAGAGCAGAGACAUGCAUCGGAAGGUUUUGCAAAUUCGAAUGCAAAAUCUGGAUCAGAGUGACUUGAGGGUCCUCGAAACGAAGAAUAAUCUUGCAAUGGCCCUGUUUGACCUGAGAGAGCUUGAUGACGCGAUAUCUCUGAUGGAAGAAGUCUAUAACGGACGCAAGGCCCGAAUGGGAAAGGAACAUCCCUACACGCUCUGGGCGCUAUGCUACCUGGCGAAGAUAUAUACGGAAGCGGGAGAAUUACAAAAGGCUGAAGAUAUUCUCAUCGAGGGAAUCGCCGCUGGUAAACGAAGCCUUGGCGCAGAUCACCUUGGGGUGUUGAUGGGCUGCGGAGAACUUGCUCGAACUUAUUCUCGUCAGGGUCGCCUAGACGAAGCUGUGACACUGCUUAUGUCGACCAUCGACAAGAUCAAGAUUUCUCGAGGCAGCGAGCACAUUGAUUACGCUACCGGAAUGUGGAGUUUAGGUCUGUUAUGGGAGAAAAAGCAGGAGCAAAGCAAGGCGAUGGAUGCCUAUCAAGUCGCGCUCGAAGCUACAGAGAAGAGGUUAACAGCAGAGCAUCCUCUCUACAAGAUUAUCUCGGAUCGCAUGAUACUCCUAACAGAGAGCCGUCACGGAAACGACUCCAAAGAGAGUAUAGAAAAUGACUCGGUCACAAAUGGCGUUGAGGACAUGCAAAUAAAACCUCUGCAUGCUACGCAGACCUGGUAG